UUAACACCAAGCAAGUGUGAGGGGAAGGUAGCGCUUGUUUCCCAUGUUAGCGAACUCACUUAUUGUGAAAAAUCGGCAUUCAUUUGGUGGUGAAGGUAGUGAAACAGUCUUAACUCGUGAUGACACAGAAAGAAGAGUGUGGAGUGGCAGCCUGGAGCAGUGUGCUGUUGCUGUUGUUACUGUUGCAGCUGACUGCUGCUCGCACUGUCUGCCCACAAAAGUGUAUUCCACUGUCAGAGUGUGUAGAGCUCCAUCAGCUACUAAGAAACCCCACCCGUGAAAAUAUUGCCAUACUGCAGGAUGCUACUUGCUCUUACGAAAAAGAUCCUACGGUAUGUUGUCCUCAAAAACAGUCUUUGUUGCCCAAAAAAUGUGGUCAAGGCCCAAUCCUUGACAGAGUCGUUGGGGGAACAGAAGCACCACUUGGCAGUCAUCCUUGGAUGGCUGUUUUAGGCUAUUCAGAGCCUGGAUCCCAAGGGAUACACUUCCUGUGUGGUGGGUCAGUUAUUAGUGAAAGAUACAUACUAACUGCUGCUCAUUGUCUGCAUCAUUCUGCAUUACAGGCAAGGAAACUUGAGGUCAUCCGGUUAGGAGAAUGGGAUAUAAAAACUGACCCAGACUGCUACAUGACACGCCUGGGAGAUGAGUAUUGCUCACUCCCUGCCCAGAACUUCACUGCUGAGGCAGUCGUAACUCAUCCUGAUUAUGAUACUAGAGUAAAGUUUUCUGAUGAUAUUGGUCUCAUAAGACUUAAUAGACCUAUAGAUCUCUCUGGAGGAAAUGUUAGGGCCAUAUGUCUACCACCUCAAGGCCUUAAUAUUCAGAGAAUAAGUGUUCGACAAGGUGCUUGGGCAGCUGGCUGGGGUAUCACUGAGAAGGGGACUGCUAGUAAUAGGAUGCUUCAUGUCGGGUUGCCCAUUGUUGAUAAAGAACUGUGUAAUGCUACCUACAAAGGAGAACUUAGUGAUGAACAGCUGUGUGCAGGAGGACGUAGUGGCCAGGAUUCUUGUAGUGGAGACUCGGGUGGCCCUCUGAUUAUGUCUGGUCCCAUAGGUCCACCAUAUCUGCAGAUUGGUGUGGUAUCAUAUGGCCCAGUACUCUGUGGUCAAAUGAAUGUGCCUGGUAUUUAUACCUCUGUUUCUCAGUACAGGAACUGGGUUGAAAAUAAUAUGAGACCUUAGGGUUCAGUACUAGGAAAAUCAAUGAUGUAAAAAUAUUACCCCAAAUAUUAAAAUAUUGCAAAAGAAAAAAAUUUUAGUGUUGCUCUGAUUAUAAUAAUAUGUAAAAAACUAGUUAUGAAUAGGUGUUAAAGCCAUUUUUUUUUUUUGUUAACUCACUGGCCAUCUCUCACCAAGGUAGGGGGACCCGAAAAAGAAACACUUAAACUAUCAUUCGCACUAUCACUGUUUUGCCAGAGGCAUGCAGAUACAACAGUUCAGAUGUCCCUCCAAACAGCAAAUAUCUCAAACCCCUCCUUUACAGUGUGGGAAUUGUACUUACCAUCUCCAGGACUCAAGUCUGGCUAACCUUUUUCCAUCAUCUCGUCAAGUCCCAAAAAACAUUUGCCUCCACUCCUAUUUAACUCACAUUGCACCUGCUGGAUGUUCAGGUCCCUCGUACACAAACUGCCUUUACCUCCUUCUCCAACCCUGGGGCGACCCCUACCCUGCCUUCUCUCCACUGCAGAUUUAUACACCCUCCAAGUCAUUCUAUUUUUCUCCAUCCUGUCUAAAUGUCUACCUCAACAAACCUUCCUCAGCUCUCUAGAUAGUACUUUAGUAACACUGCACUUCCUGAUCUCCAAGCUACAAUUCUCCGUAUAAUAUUUACACCACACAUUGCCCUCAGAACAUCUCUUCUACUUCCAGUCUCUCCUUGCUGCAACAUUCACAACCCGUGCUUCACACCUAUAUAAGAGCAUUGGUAUCAAUAUACUGUUAUACAUUUAUGCGUGUCAUAAGAGGAGACUAAAAUGUUGGGAGCAGGGGGUUAGUAACCCCUUUUCCCAUAAAAAUUACUAAAAAGAAAAACUUCCACUUUUCUUUUUAGGUCACCCUGCAUUAGUGAAAUACAGGCAGUUUGUAAAAAGAAAAAAAAAAGCAAAUGUAUAAGAGUACAUACAUUGCAUUAAGGGGUCGUGAGGUCACAGGUUGGAGAGUCAUCUGAACUGUAAUGUCAAGAAGCUUCUGGUAGGACUGAGUGAAUUAAUGAUGGUGAAUGCAUUUCCUCUUUUUGGGGUGUCACUACUUUUGUAGGAGAUAAUUGGUGUGUUAAAAAAUAAAAAUUUCAGAAAUGUCAGUUAUUAUAAUUAAGUGCUAAACCAAUCAGAAAUGUCAAGACUUGGUAAAGUUAAUACAUUUAAAUUAUGGUAUAUUUUAAUUAGAAAAAUGAGAAAACCUUCAGGCAAGUAGAUUCUGCCUGAAUACAGUUGGUUUGUGGCUGUCAUUGCAGUGCUGUAUGGCCCUUAUGGGUUUAGUGUUUAGUUAUGAUAAUAAUGUGGAUGUCAUUAUGUAAAUACCGGCACCAAUAUAAAUUAUAAGAAUGAAAGAUUUUUUUUUUUUUAUUAUAUAGAGAUUUCUUUAUAUAGAGUAUACAAAGCUGUAUCUGCCAUUUUAAAAUUCAUAAUGUGCAUCACAACAGCUCAGCUACUACAGCACUUGUAAAUUAUUCUAAUGAUUUCUUUUAAUACAAAAUAUAAAUUAUUGAGACUGAUUCGACUUAAGACUUUAUGCACAUCAUAUAAGAAAUAGUUACAUAUGAACUGCCUACUUUUUAAAACUUGUCAGGUAUCAAGACUAUUAUGACCACUGUGUACUUUUUCCAGGUGUUUAGUUAAAUCUCUUUUUUCAUUGUAAGCCUUUGGACACAGGCGACAACCAUAUCGUUUUAUUUGUAAAUGGCGAAUCAUAUGGUCUUUCAACUUAUCAGCUCGAGCAAAUGACUUCAUACAAACAUUACAAAUAUGACGCUGCUCCUCAUUGUUGUGGAUCUGCAGGAAAAAUAUAUGAGAAUUAGAAUUAUUGCUAGAUAAGAUAAAAUACAUAGUGUAGUUAUUAUUAUAAUAAAAAAGAAGCGCUAAGCCACAAGGGCUAUACAUUAUUAUUAUUAUUAUUAUAAUCAAGGGGGAAGCGCUAAACCCAGAGGAUUAUACAGCGCCUGGGGGGGGGAUAUGUGGAAGGCAUUCAGGCUUAAUUCGGGGAACUGGAGCACAGAUCCAAUUCCCUAAAUCAAGAGCCCCUCACCAACAUCAAGGAACCUUCCUUGAGGGGAAGGGCUAUACAGCGCUGCAGGGUAGGGAAGGAAGCGAGGGUAUUGGGUGGCAGAAGGGAGGAGGGAUGAUCAGUAGGUUACAGAAAACAGCGGGGCAGGGGAUAGUAUGGGGGUAGAGGGUAGCAAGAGAUUGAAGUAGAAAGGGCUGAAGAUAUCAGAAUUUGUGAAGUAAUUCAGUUGUUGUCAAAAAGUCAAUGAGAGAGUCCGGAUGAAAGGUGGGUCCAUCAGCGAGAAGGGAAGGUAAAGAGAGAGCAGCGGAGCGAAGAUGACGACGGAGGUAAAUUCUGCGUGCUCGUUGAUAAAGUGGGCAGUCCAACAGAAUGUGGCUGACUGAUAAUGGAGCCUGGCAAUUCUCACAGAGAGGAGCAGGGCGCCUCUCCAUGAGAUAUCCAUGAGUAAGACGAGUAUGGCCAAUGCGAAGACGGGAGAGUAGUCUCCCAACCUCGACACUGGUGAUAAGAAGACGGCCAGUAACCUAUACUCGGUUUAAUAGAUUGAAGUUUGUUACCGAGCAUAGUAGACCAACGUUGUUGCCAACGGGUGUGAAGGUGGGAAGAUAUUGCAGCAAAAUAGUCCGUACAUGGAAUACCUCUAUAUGAAACUGGUAGGUCAUGUACUGCUGACCGCGCAGCAGUGUCUGCCUGUUCAUUGCCCUGUACGUCUACAUGACCAGGGACCCAACAAAAAACAAUAUCUUUAUGCUUGGUAAAGAUGCGGCGUAGCCAAAGUUGGAUACGGAGGACUAAGCGGUGAGGUGUAUCAAAUUUCUGUAUAGCCUGUAAAGUGCUAAGGGAGUCUGAGACAACCACAAAUGAUGACACAGGCAUAGAUGCAAUACGGAUAAGUGCUGCAAGGAUGGCAUACAAUUCAGCAGUAAAAAUACUAGCCGAAGAUAGUAAAUGCCCUCGUACGACACUGUCCGGAAACACUGCUGUGAAUCCUACGCCGUCAGAAGACUUAGAGCCAUCUGUGUAUACAGCAAUGGCAUGAGAAUGAGAGUGGAAGUGGUCAAGAAAAAGAGAGCGGGAAGCGACCGUAGACAGUUGGGCUUUCGAGCAAGGGAGAGAGAAAGAACAGACUCGAACAGAUGGAACUUCCCAGGGGGGUAGGGAAAAGUGAGAUGCUACAUGAACAUAGAAAGGUGGUAAUUGAAGAGAAGACAAGAGCGAAUGAAGGCGAAGAGGGAAGGGACGGAGUAAACAGGGGCGGCGAACAAAUAAAGAAUGUCUACUAAUAUCAGUGACCAUUCUAUAAAUGGAAGGAUUGAGGAGAUCAUGAGAGCGUACAUAGUAGCGAAGACAAUGGGCAUCACGGCGAUCGGAUAAGGAUGGAACGUUCGCUUCUGCAUAGAGGCUCUCGACAGGGGAAGAGCGAAAAGCACCAAGGUAUAAAAGUAAUCCUUGGUGAUGAAUGGGGUUAAGGCUAGAGAGAGUAGCAGGAGAUGCCGCUGAAUAGAUCUGGUCACCAUAAUCAAGUUUCGAUAAAAUGAGGGUGGAAUGUAGGCGAAGGAGGGUUCGACGAUCAACUCCCAAUGAAAGAUGAGCAAGGGUUUUAAGAAGGUUCAGCCGGCUGUGACAAGUUGCCUUCAGAGAGGUAAUGCGAGGUUUCCAGGAUAACCUACGGUCAAAGAGGCCCAGAAACUUGACUGUAUCACGUUCAGGGAUACGGGAGCCAUAGAGGUACAAAGGAUGAUCGGAGAUGACAGAGCGUCUAGUGAAAGUAAUUUGGUGGGUUUUAGUGCUGGAAUAUUUAAACCCAUGUGUGGUGGCCCAAUUGGAAACACGGUUGACCGCAUGCUGGAGAGAAACUGUAAUGAAACGUACAGUGGACCCCCGCAUACCGUUGGCAUCACAUAACGUUAAAUCUGCAUACCGAUACAUUUUAUCGCUAAGAUUUUGCCUCGCAUACCGCUAAAAAACCCGCUCGACGCUAUUCGUCCGAGACGCGUCUAAUGUGCGGCCUGAGCCAGCCUCACAUGUUCCGCCGGUGGCAUUGUUUACCAGCCAGCCUCCGCAGUAACAUCCAAGCAUAAAAUCGGAACAUUUCGUAUUAUUACAGUGUUUUUGGUGAUUUUAUCUGCAAAAUAAGUGACCAUGGGCCCCAAGAAAGCUUCUAGUGCCAACCCUACAGGAAUAAGGGCGAGAAUUACUAUAGAGAUGAAGAAAGAGAUCAUUGCUAAGUAUGAAAGUGGAGUGCGUGUCUCCGAGCUGGCUAGGUUGUAUAGUAAACCCCAAUCAACCAUCGCUACUAUUGUGUCGAAGAAAACGGCAAUCAAUGAAGCUGUUCUUGCCAAAGGUUCAAUUGUGUUUUCGAAACAGAGAUCGCAAGUGAUGGAAGAUGUUGAGAGACUCUUAUUGGUGUGGAUAAAUGAAAAACAGAUAGCAGGAGAUAGCAUCUCUCAAGUGAUCACAAGUGAAAAGGCUAGGAAGUUGCAUGAGGAUUUAAUUAAAAAAAUGCCUGCAACUAGUGAUGAUGUGAGUGAAUUUAAGGCCAGCAAAGGUUGGUUUGAGAGAUUUAAGAAGUGUAGUGGCAUACAUAGUGUGAUAAGGCAUGGUGAGGCUGCCAGUUCGGACCACAAAGCAGCUGAAAAAUAUGUGCAGGAAUUCAAGGAGUACAUAGACAGUGAAGGACUGAAACCUGAACAAGUGUUUAAUUGUGAUGAAACAGGCCUGUUUUGGAAGAAAAUGCCAAGCAGGACCUACAUUACUCAGGAGGAAAAGGCAUUCCCAGGACAUAAGCCUAUGAAAGACAGGCUUACUCUGUUGAUGUGUGCCAAUGCUAGUGGUGAUUGCAAAGUGAAGCCUUUAUUAGUGUAUCACUCAGAAACUCCCAGAGCAUUCAGGCAAAAGAAUAUCCUCAAGGCUAAUUUGUGUGUGCUGUGGAGGGCAAACAGUAAGGCAUGGGUCACUAGGGACUUUUUCUAUGACUGGUUACACCAAGCAUUUGCCCCCAAUGUGAAAAAUUACCUAACUGAAAAGAAAUUAGACCUUAAGUGCCUCCUGGUGUUAGACAAUGCCCCUGGUCAUCCUACAGACGUGGCAGAGCGACUUUAUGGGGACAUGAGCUUCAUUAAGGUGAAGUUUUUGCCCCCUAAUACCACUCCUAUCCUGCAGCCCAUGGACCAGCAGGUUAUUGCAAACUUCAAAAAACUGUACACAAAAGCUCUGUUUGAAAGGUGCUUUGUAGUGACCUCAGAAACUCAAUUGACUCUAAGAGAGUUUUGGAGAGAGCACUUUAAUAUCCUCAAUUGUGUAAACCUUAUAGGUAAGGCUUGGGAGGGAGUGACUAAGAGGACCUUGAACUCUGCUUGGAAGAAACUGUGGCCAGAAUGUGUAGACCAAAGGGAUUUUGAAGGGUUUGAGGCUAACCCUGGGAAUCCUAUGCCAGUUGAGGAAUCAAUUGUGGCAUUGGGGAAGUCCUUGGGGUUGGAGGUUAGUGGGGAGGAUGUGGAAGAGUUGGUGGAGGAGGACAAUGAAGAACUAACCACUGAUGAGCUGCUAGAUCAUCUUCAUCAGCAUGAGGCCAGACCUGAGGAAACUGCUUCGGAGGAGGGGAGAGAGAAAUUGAAGAAGUUGCCUACUUCAAAGAUUUAGGAAAUAUGUGGAAUGUGGCUUAAAGUGCAAACCUUUUUUGAUGACAAUCACCCUAACACAGCUAUUGCAAGCCGUGCUGGUGACUAUUACACUGACAAUGUUGUGAACCACUUUAGGAAAGUCAUAAAGGAACGGGAGGUACAGGCCUCUUUGGACAGAUAUGUCGUGCGACAGAAGUCCAGUGACUCUGAAGCUGGUCCUGGUGGCAUUAAAAGAAGAAGGGAAGUAACCCCAGAAAAGGACUCGACACCUCAAGUCUUAAUGGAAGGGGAUUCCCCUUCUAAACACUAAGACUCUCUCCUCCUCCCAUCCCAUCAAUCAUCACCAGAUCUUCAAUAAUGGUAAGUGUCAUGUAACUGUGCAUGUCUUUUUCAGUUUGUGUGUAUUAAAAUUAAUAUUUCAUGUGGUAAAAUUUUUUUUUUUCAUACUUUGGGGUGUCUUGCACGGAUUAAUUUGAUUUCCAUUAUUUCUUAUGGGGGAAAAUUCAUUCGCAUAACGAUAAUUUCGCAUAACAAUGAGCUCUCAGGAACGGAUUAAUAUCGUUAUGUGGGAGUCCACUGUACUAUUAGAAUGGUCAUCGGCACCACAGACUGGGCAUUCGGCGAUAGAUCUGCAAUAUUUCGCUGGAUGGCCAAAUCGCCAGCAAUUUCUACACUGAUGCAGUGUAGGGAUCACCUUUCGAACUUGUAACCGAUGUCCUGCUACAUAAACUGAGGAUGGGAGUUCACGGCAGUCAAAAGUUAAACGAGCCACAUUGCUAGGGUAUCGUCUCCGCCCGCGGGCAGGAAGAACGUAAGUGUCUACCUUGAGGAUUGGGAGAUCUUGGAGUUCCAGCUGUUCAAGAAUGUCAGUGCCACAUGUCUGGAAAUUUUGUUGAACUAUGGUAUGGGGCAGAAUGACGGUACCACUACAAGAAUUGAGGGAAUGAUAUUUUUCAAUAGUGACAGGAACAGUAUCGAUAUGGGAAAGAUGAGAAAGCUCAUGAGCCUGGGUAGCAUUCUGUACAGUGAUGAUGCGCAUACCGCUCUUAAGAGCACGAAAAGAAAUAUCUUUACCAACAUGGCGUAGGAGUGCCUUGCCAAUACUGUGGUCAGAAAGAUAGGCAGUAGAGGAAGUCGGUCGUAAAGUGAAGAAUUUAGUCCAUUGUGCAGUCUGAAACUGAGCGUGGAAAGGUAGUGAAGGACGUGUCGAUCCUUUCUGAGAAGAACGAGAAGGUGGAGAAGUAUCAUCAGCAGGUAAUUGUCGUUGGCGUUUGGGCGUGGGACCAGAGUUGGUCCGACGUGGAACGGGGCGACGAUUCGAAAAUUGCUGCACCGUAGAGGGAGAGGCCGGAAGCAUAGUCAGAGGAGAGCGAAGGUCAGAUAAAUCGAAGGAGUCAGUCGAGGCCUCAGUACCUGAAGUGGGGGAGGAAACAGCACCGGCAAGAGGUACAGAGGCAUGAGGAGUGUCCGAAGAGUGGUCCAAAGACGAGGCGGGGUCAGAACAGGGUGCGGUAUCAAGAAGGGGCCUGGGGGUAGCAGGUUCAUGGACUAGGGUUGCCAUGGUUAGGUUACUUCUUUCUUUUUGUUUUUAAGAAAAAAAAAAAGAAAAAAAUAAAAAAAAAAGAAUAAAAAAAAAAGGGGGGACCAGGGAGGGAUAGUUCCUAGGAGGAACGAAAGGGCCAGAAAUUUCCCUCCGCGCCCAAGAGGACCUCGGCACCGCAAGUAGUGCAGAUGCAGCAUGGAACCCGUGCCAUACCCUACCCAUCAUGCCAGUAAACCGGCAAUCCGGGAUAGCAACCUCACAUCUGCCGAGCUACCUCGGUGGACAAAAGAGAGGGCGGCCGGAAAUCCGCCACAAAGCAUACCUCCUUCGGCCACCACCCCCGGAAUCCGAAAGGUGGCUUCCAGAGAUACACCCGUCGCCCGAGAGACACCCAAAGCCACCCACCGGGAUACUGGAGAGGGAUCGGGACAUCCCCAGGCAAUCCAGAUUCCACAGCAAACUACGCCACCGCCAAGAACCUCAACGGAAUGGGAUGGACCCCGGUACCCUUUCCCCUACCUAGGAACUAGCGUGCCUGUGGGAAAAAAAAAACCAAAGGCCAAAAAGGAAGGGCAAAAGGGAGGGGUGGGGAGGAGGAGGAGGAAAGGAAAAAGGGGAGGAUGGGAUAAGGAAUGGGGGAUUGGGGGGUAAUUAGGUUCGGUCUGAGGAAGGAGACCGACAGGUCUAAUUCCUCAGACCAAGAGCCUCUUCACCACGCCAAGGAGCCCCCCUUGAAGAGGACAUAGUGUAGUUGUAUUAAAUAAAUCUGGCUAUCUUGAUAAAAUUACAUGUACAUACUUGCUUUAAAAUAUUUCAGUAGACAAUAUUAGACAUGAUAAAUAAGUAGACUAUUGAUUAACACAUGAUCUAUUAAUACUUUUGCAUUAACACAGCUGAAAAAUUGCUGCACAUUUUUGUUGAAUAUGCAGUAUGUAAUUUAACAUGGAGUAAAUUUUGGAGAAAAUGUGGCAUGCUGUGGGUUCUGUCCCCUUCAUCUCACAGUAAGCCUAUGGGCAAAGCCAUUGUCUUACAGGGGACACCUAUUUUACACAAUCUCCCAUACCCGAGUUCUCUAUGCGUAUGCAUCCAAUACCAUACAUGGCAUGAGUUAGUGACUUGAUUUUUGAUCUUUUCAUUAUCCCAUCUCUGGAUAGUAAUCAUGGCACCCAAGAGGAAUGAUAUUAGAUUUUAGAUUUUGCCACAAAAGUGGCUAGUUUAUUGUCCAUCCUGUGGACAAUAGUGCAAGAGCAUAUGGAUACACAAAAGGCCUAGGAACUAGGCCCCAAAAGAGUUUACAGGAUUACAUCUGGAUUUAUAUCUACAGCUCACCUACUGCAAGCAAGUUUAGGAAAUUUACUUAAUAUAUCUGGUAUCUUAUUUUCAUUAAUAAGAUAUCUUGACAUAUUACAUAGGUUAUAUUAUAUUCAUCAAAAAGUGGACAAUUAACCCGAUAACUUGCGAAAAGUAGAUCUACGUUCUCACUGCCAGUGCUUCGAAUAUUUAAAAAAAAAAAUAAAAAAAUAAAUUAAAAAGGGCAACUUUGUUUGUAAUACGGCAAAAAAAAAAAAAUUUAGGGCCAGUACUUACCGAGAUAUAAGACCGCGAAGCUGGCACUGGAUGCUCACCUGACGGCAACAUGGAGUCCUGCCGCUUGCAGAAACUUUGCUGAUAUACCUUAUUUUUUCCUCAUUUUUUUUUAAUUUAUAUAAUUUUUAUGUUCUGAUAAUUACAGGAAAGUGGGUGUGGGAGGGAAGAGGAGCGAUUGGUGGAAUGAUGAUGUAAAGAGAGUAGUAAGGGAAAAAAAGUUAGUAUAUGAGAAGUUUUUACAAAGUAGAAGUGAUGCAAGGAGGGAAGAGUAUAUGGAGAAAAAGAGAGAGGUUAAGAGAGUGGUGAAGCAAUGUAAAAAGAGAGCAAAUGAGAGAGUGGGUGAGAUGUUAUCAACAAAUUUUGUUGAAAAUAAGAAAAAGUUUUGGAGUGAGAUUAACAAGUUAAGGAAGCCUAGAGAACAAAUGGAUUUGUCAGUUAAAAAUAGAAGAGGAGAGUUAUUAAAUGGAGAGUUAGAGGUAUUGGGAAGAUGGAGGGAAUAUUUUGAAGAAUUGUUAAAUGAUGAUGAAGAUAGGGAAGCUGUGAUUUCAUGUACAUAUAGGGCAAGGAGGAAUAACAUCUUGUAGGAGUGAGGAAGAGCCAGUUGUGAGUGUGGGGGAAGUUCGUGAGGCAGUAGGUAAAAUGAAAGGGGGGUAAGGCAGCCGGGAUUGAUGGGAUAAAGAUAGAAAUGUUAAAAGCAGGUGGGAAUAUAGUUUUGGAGUGGUUGGUGCUAUUAUUUAAUAAAUGUAUGGAAGAGGGUAAGGUACCUACGGAUUGUCAGAGAGCAUGCAUAGUUCCUUUGUAUAAAGGCAAAGUGGACAAAAGAGAGUGCAAAAAUUAUAGGGGGAUAAGUCUGUAGAGUAUACCUGGUAAAGUGUAUGGCAGAGUUAUUAUUGAAAGAAUUAAGAGUAAGACGGAGAAUAGGAUAGCAGAUGAACAAGGAGGCUUUAGGAAAGGUAGGGGUGUGUGGACCAGGUGUUUACAGUGAAACAUAUAAGUGAACAGUAUUUAGAUAAGACUAAAGAGGUUUUUGUGGCAUUUAUGGAUUUGGAAAAGGCGUAUGACAGGGUGGAUAGGGGGGCAAUGUGGCAGAUGUUGCAGGUGUAUGGUAUAGGAGGUAGGUUACUGAAAGCAGUGAAGAGUUUUUACGAGGAUAGUGAGGCUCAAGUUAGAGUAUGUAGGAAAGAGGGAGAUUAUUUCUCAGUAAAAGUAGGCCUUAGACAAGGAUGUGUGAUGUCACCAUGGUUAUUCAGUAUAUUUAUAGAUGGGGUUGUAAGAGAAGUAAAUGCGAGGGUCUUGGCAAGAGGCGUGGAGUUAAAAGAUAAUCACACAAAGUGGGAGUUGUCACAGUUGCUCUUUGCUGAUGACACUGUGAUCUUGGGAAAUUUGGUAGGGUAUGUAAAAGAAGAAAAUUAAAAGUGAAUACAGGAAAGAGUAAAGUUAUGAGGAUAAAAAAGAUUAGGUGAUGAAAGAUUGGAUAUCAGAUUGGAGGGAGAGAGUAUGGAGAUGGUGAAUGUAUUCAGAUAUUUGAGGAGUGGACAUGUCAGCGGAUGGGUCUAUGAAAGAUGAGGUGAAUCAUAGAAUUGAUGAGGGGAAAAGGGUAAGCGGUGCAUUUAGGAGUCUGUGGAGACAAAGAACUUUGUCCUUGGAGGCAAAGAGGGGAAUGUAUGAGAGUAUAGUUUUACCAACAUUCUUAUAUAGGUGUGAAGCAUGGGUGAUGAAUGUUGCAGCGAGGAGAAGGCUGGAGGCAGUGGAGAUGUCAUGUCUGAGGGCAAUGUGUGGUGUGAAUAUAAUGCAGAGAAUUCGUAGUUUGGAAGUUAGGAGGAGGUGCGGGAUUGCCAAAACUGUUGUCCAGAGGGCUGAGGAAGGGUUGCUGAGGUGUUUCGGACAUGUAGAGAGAAUGGAGCGAAACAGAAUGACUUCAAGAGUGUAUCAAUCUGUAGUGGAAGGAAGGCGGGGUAGGGGUCGGCCUAGGAAAGGUUGGAGGGAGGGGGUAAAGGAGGUUUUGUGUGCGAGGGGCUUGGACUUCCAGCAGGUAUGCGUGAGCGUGUUUGAUAGGAGUGAAUGGAGACAAGUGGUUUUUAAUACUUGACGUGCUGUUGGAGUGUGAGCAAAGUAACAUUUAUGAAGGGAUUCAGGGAAACCGGCAGGCCGGACUUGAGUCCUGUCCUGGAGAUGGGAAGUACAGUGCCUGCACUCUGAAGGAGGGGUGUUAAUGUUGCAGUUUAAAAACUGUAGUGUAAAGCACCCUUCUGGCAAGACAGUGAUGGAGUGAAUGAUGGUGAAAGUUUUUCUUUUUUGGGCCACCCUGCCUUGGUGGGAAUCGGCCAGUGUGCUAAUAAAAAAAAAAUACAAUUUGUAGUAGUUCUUUUGAUUUCAUAGCCAGUCUUCUGAUACUAAUAUUAGGUAAUGAAAUAGUACUCAAAUAGUCACAAACACACUGACAGGUGAAUAUUUUCACUUGCCUUGGUCACAUACUAUUGUCUAGAAAUAUAUACAAAGUAUUUAUAGGUCCUAGCAAUGUUUUAGACAUGCUGGAGUAUAUAUGAAACUCCUUGAAGCAUGAUGUAAAACAAGUGUCACUCCACUGCUGACAAUGCAGCAGUGGAGUGACAUUUGAUGAUUGUGCAUUGCCUUGGCUUUAUUUGUUUUUACUGUUAUGCAUAAACAUGUCUGUCUCUUUUUCUAGCUCUGUCUCUGUUUAUCUGUCUUCCUGUCUCUUCUGCUAGUCUCUCUCUCUGUCUCAGAGCACUGCUCAUGAACAGGUAUUACACACGAUGCAGAAUCAUUACAUCUGAUUCCUGAACAAGUGAAAAUGUGUGUUACUUGCCAGUCAUGCUUAUUAUAUAUUAUGCCUUAUAUCUACAAGCACAAUAUAGCACUUUGUCUGGACAUUUUGGGUUAUCCUAGGUAAUUUACACUAUGUAUAACUGUAUUUAUGUGUACCUGUGAGACAGAGAUAGAGACAGAUAGACAGACAGAUGGAGAUAGAGACAGCCAAAGUCAAUCAGCCAGCCAGUCUGUCGAACACAUAUUACACACGUUCCAGGUUUGUUUCUCUUUACUUAGGGCAUAGGUUAUAGGACAUUCUGGCAGGAUGACACUACCAGUGGUAUCAAAAUUGAAAGGAUGUUGCACAAAUGAUGCACGUGUUAUUAUCAAGGUUUCUGAUAUUUCUUCAGCCACUUAUGGCCACAUCCAUCUCAAAGCUACUAAACUCGGAGUCAACAUCGCUUUCCUCUUAAAAGGGGAGUGCUAAUACGACAUGACAUCAGUGAAUCUCUGGUGUUUGCCACACUGUUUGCUCUAGCUGGUGCUCAAUUGAACUGGUGCUCCCACAAGGUAAUAAGUGGUCCCAGAUUUUUUUAAUACUGUACACACCAAGUGUUAAGACCCAUUCUAUACUGACCAGGCAUCUGAUGAAUCAUGCCAAAAUUGGAGGCAGGAAAAAUAAAACGAUCUACAUUUGGACAGUUAAGGGGUUAAGAACAUAGUGUUCAAAACAGUGAUUAAAGGAAUGUGAAUGAUCCUAGAUUGCAAAGAAGCACAAGCAUGAAAGUCUUGGUUUUGAAGAAAAUUGAGAUGUUAAAUAAGCUUAAAAGUGGUUCAUAUGUGAUAGAGAUGGCAUGAGCAUAUGGCCUGAAUUAGGCAUCAAUUUGCACAAUUAGAAACAAUGAGGCAAGAUACCAGGUUGUGACCUGAAAAGAAUGACACAAGUUACACAGCUAAACAAGGACAUGAAUGUGUUUAGAUAUUUGGAAGUAAACAAAGGAACAUUUAUGGAGAGAUUCAGGGUAAACCAGUUAGCUGUAUUUGAGUCCUUGAGGUGUACAGUGCCUACACUCCAAAGGAGGUAUGGGAUGUUGCAGUUCGAAGGGUCAUCUGAGCUGUGAGUUAAAAAGAAUUGUCAUUAUUAUUAAAGUUAUUCCCCCUGUA